AUGUUAGCGAAUCUUUCCUUAUACCUGGUCACGGACUCUACUCCUCAGAUCCUAGGGGGCAAGGAUCUAUGUUCUGUCGUUGAGCAAGCUAUAAAAGGCGGUGUGACCAUCGUUCAAUAUAGAGACAAGCAUAGCGACACAAAAGAGUUGAUCGAAACAGCAGCAAAACUACAUGCAGUAACCCUUAAGCAUAAUACCCCCCUCGUCAUCAAUGACAGGGUUGAUGUUGCCCUCGCUGUCGGGGCUGAGGGAGUCCAUCUAGGCCAAGAUGAUAUGAACAUCUCCCUUGCUAAGAAAAUGCUUCCUGAGGGAGCAAUUAUUGGGGUUACUGUAUCCUCGGUUGAGGAGGCUCGGAUUGCGGUGGAGAGCGGUGCUGAUUAUCUAGGCAUCGGCACCGUGUAUGCCACACCAACGAAAACCAACACCAAGUCUAUAAUUGGUACGGCAGGCGUUAAACGCAUCCUCAAUUGCGUUUCGUCUAUAUCCGACAAAGUCGGUACGGUGGCCAUUGGUGGUAUCAACCUUAGCAAUGUCCAACGAGUCGUCUAUCAAUCACAAGGCCUUAAAAAGGGGCUAGAGGGCGUUGCAGUAGUAAGUGCGAUAAUGGCUGCUGAUGAUCCCCAAGCAGCUGCGGCUUCGUUUGCAGAAGCAAUCCGCCAAAAUCCAUCGUUUGCAACUGUUCCAAUCGCCCCUCGUGUAAAUGAGGAGGGCUUACUGUUGAAUGGGGUUGAUGCACUUGUUCGUAAGGUCGCCACUGCACAUCCCCUAUGCCAUAACAUGAUUAAUUAUGUUGUGGCUAAUUUUGCUGCAAAUGUCGCGCUUGCCAUUGGUGCUUCGCCAAUUAUGUCCGGAUAUGGCUUGGAAGCUUCAGAUUUAGCUAAGAAUAACGGUGCUCUACUAAUAAACAUGGGGACUCUGAAUAGUGAGAGCAUGGACAACUAUCUGCAAGCAAUUCGUGCCUACAACGAAGCUGGAAACCCAGUUGUCCUUGACCCGGUAGGAGCAGCAGCAACCAAAAUUCGACGGCAGUCCGUCAAGACACUUAUGCAAGGGGGUUAUUUCGACCUCAUCAAGGGAAAUGAGAGUGAAAUAAGCCAUAUCUAUGGCCGUUCUCCUAGACAUCAGGUUGGUGUUGAUAGUGGCCCGAGUAAGCUAGAUGCCAAGGAGAAGGCGAUUCUUGUUCGAGAUCUUGCCAUAAGGGAGAGGUGCGUUGUUCUUCUCACUGGGUCAACCGACUAUCUCAGCGAUGGUGCGCGUACUCUUGCUGUCCGUAAUGGCCAUGAACUUUUAGGCCAGGUUACAGGCACUGGCUGCGCUAUCGGCACCAUCAGUGCUUCAUUCCUUGCUGUGGAACGACAGGACAAACUCCUCGCCGUAUUAUCGGGGCUGCUCAUGUUUGAGGUUGCCGCUGAACGAGCUGUGAGUAACGGCUUUAAGGGGCCAGGCAGCUUCGUCCCUGCACUACUGGAUGAGCUGUACUCGCUCAAGAUCCAGGCGACGCAGUCUAAAUCCGCUCCAAUGGAUAUCAUCAAGAAUGCGGCCAAGCUAAAUUUCAUUCAUCUUUAG